UGUUUUGUUGAUGUGUUGACAGUAUCAUUAUUGCUCGCAUUUGUUUAAAUUUAGGUUUAAAAUCUUCUUGAUUACUAACUUGUCAAUUAGUUGAAGGAUUGUAACUAAAAUAAAUUUUGUCUUAGUAUUAUUUAUGGUAAAUGUUGUCAAAUGAUAGUUCAAUAAUGGAGAUGAAUCGUACAGAAACUAGCUCAAACUGGAACUUCAAAUAAAGUAAAUGGCCAAGAAAAAUUCUUGAAUAAUCAAGAUGCCUCGGAAGGAAGCCCAGUUAGUUCCAUUCUUACAAAAAGCUUUGGAAGGUGUUAAAUAUAGAAACCUAAUUUUAAUAGACCCAAUAAAAAAAGUGUUUUGUCUUUAUUUGCCUCAUAAAACAAAUAGACUAUGCAUUGAAGAUGAAUUAAUCUUCAAGGACUGGUGGCAUGCUCGAAAUGGCAAAAAGUAUGUAUUUUCUUCCAAACAUUAUACUGAGGCAAGACAAGCUAUGACUUCAUCUUUAAGAAAAUCGGAUUAUGUAGAACCAAUGUGUCUUUCUGAUAAUAAAUUAAUAUGCAGAAUUUUAAGUAAAGAAGAAGUGGAAGAAAAGAAAAAGCUAAAGAAAGAAUUGAAGAAGUUAGAAAUCAAACAUGAAGAUAAUGAGUCGGGUUAUGAAAGUUCAUUGAGUUCACCAGAAAGCCAUAUAGAUGGACAAAAUGAUAAAGAUUUGUUACAAAGCAUUGAGCAUGAUCAUGCAUAUCUAUUUUACCCUCCAGACAUGGGUUCUGUGGAAGGUAGCGAGUUUUCUUCUGAUGUUCAAAAUAUUUCUAAUGAAGAUACAGAUACAGUAACUGAAGCUUUUGAUAGAUUUCUACCUCUUGGCCCUGAUAGUUCUUCCGAAUUAGAAUCAAUUAUAGAAGAUCAUCAUUUGAAUAAAGAUAUAUGUGCGAUUUUUCCUGUUUUGGGGGAUUUUGAUGACUCCCUUCAAAGUUUAUUUAACAUACCAAAUGAACAGUUAAUCGGAAGUUUUAAAGAAUUGCAGUUAUCACUGCAAGUUCCUGGUUCAAAUGAUGUUAAAACAAAUAUAAGAAAAAAAUCCUAUUUUUGUGAAGAGUACGAGUUAGUUGGUAAAGCUGUUGUUCUGAUUUGUAAACUUCUUGAGAUGGAUGUUGAUGUUGCUGGAACUUCCAGCAACAUUGGUAUUGUUUUUGGAGCGACAACUUGGAAAACUGUUCAAGAAUAUACCUGCAUGAAAGGCAUAAAAUAUGUUGGUGAUAAUUAUUUAAUUGUCAUUUUAGAGCUUCCAUGACUGCUCAUAAAUAAUUGUAGUAGUUAUUUGGUCCAAAUACUACAGUCUU